AUGGCAAAGCACUGGCACAUGGUGUGUCUGUGGAGUUUCUGGCACCUUAAUGUUGCAGCUUUCAAUCUGGACACCACGAGCGUGAUGCAGAGAAAUGGAGAUGCAGGAAGCCUGUUUGGAUUUUCUGUUGCCUUCCACCAGCAGCUGAACCCGAGCAGAAAGAACCUAUUGCUGGUGGGAGCGCCACGAUCAAAACACCAGAACCAAGAGAAUGUUACAGGUGUUGUUUACCAGUGUGAUCUCACAACAUCAUCCGAGCGCUGCCAGCCCAUUGAGUUUGAUAAUGAAGAGUUCCUCGAUAGUAAAAGCAUAAACAACCAGUGGAUGGGAGUAAAAGUGACGAGUCAGGGUCCUGGUAAAAAUGUAAUGACCUGCGCUCAUCGAUACCAGCAGUGGAGCCCGAGCCCGAGCCUUCAUAUCCCUCACUUGGUGACGGGUCAGUGUUACCUGUUAGGGGAUGACCUGCAGGUCGGGAAGGACGAGAGGACGUGGAGGAGGGUGGUUUGUGAUUAUGAACAUCUAAACAGACGUCAAAAGGACCAGGAUUGGUUUGCAUACUGCCAACAGGGUCACGGAGCAUCUUUUGCAAAAGACAACACAUCUCUGAUAUUUGGAGCACCAGGAGCGUAUCAGUGGAAAGGAAUCGUACGAAUGGAGCCCUUGGACAACCUGGACAUCUCCAGUGCAGAGCGCCGUGAGACUGGGGAUAUUGACCAGUUCAACCUGAAACUCAUUCCUCUCCAGAGAAACAGUUACCUGGGUUUCUCCACCGACUCUGGUAUGGCCCUCCUCACACAGGGCGCGCUGACCAUCGUAUCAGGAGCGCCCAGAGGAGGAUACAGCGGCCAGGUGGCUUUUCUUAAGGCGGACCCUUUAGCACAGAGAAGUUUGUCUGUAGAAUUAGUUCUCUCUGGUCCCGGCCUGGCUUCCUCAUUUGGCUACGAUGUGGCAGUGGUGGAUCUCAACGGUGAUGGGUGGGAGGACCUCGCUGUAGGAGCACCGGAGUUCUUUGUGGCAGAUGGUUUGGUUGGAGGAGCAGUCUACAUUUACAUCAACAACAAGGGAAAAAACUGGGAGAAGAUUAUUCCAACUCAACUUCUUGGACAUAAAGACUCCAUGUUCGGCCUUGCAGUGGAAAACAUAGGAGACGUCAAUCAAGAUGGUUAUGGAGAUAUUGCCGUCGGGGCACCAUAUGAUGGUUCAGGUCGAGUACACCUUUACUACGGUUCAUCAGAUGGCAUCAACAAAAAGCCAGCGCAGGUGCUCUCAUCGAGAUCCAAUAAAGUUUCUCUGUUUGGAUAUUCUCUGUCUGGCAACUUGGACGUGGAUUACAAUCAGUACCCUGAUCUGGCUGUGGGAUCUCUGUCUGAUUCUGUUUUUGUGUACAGAGCAAGGCCCGUGGUGAGUGUCAGCAGCUCUCUGAAGGUAACACCAACUGAAAUAGAUAUCACAAAGGAACAAUGCGAUAAACGAACAUGUUAUUUUGCAGCUCGGGCAUGCUUUACCUACAUGGCACAUCCAGCAUCGUUCAACCCUGAACUGAUGCUCAACUACACUUUGGAGGCAGAUGCUGAGAGGAGAAAAGUGAGGCUUCCUCCCAGAGUGGAUUUUCUGGAUUCACCUCGAGGGUCAUUGCAGCUGCCUGGACAGAAGAAACAAAUCUGCACUGACAUCCGAAUCCAACUUCUGCGUGAUAUUAAGGACAGGCUGCACAGUAUCCCCGUCUCCGUCUCUGUGUCUCUGUGGAGAUCCAGUCAGACAACCAGGACGAGUGCAGAUCUGCCCAACGUGUCUCCUGUCCUUAACCUCUUCCAGCAAAUGAGCACCGUCUCAGAGAUUAUCCUAAUAAACGAGGGAUGUGGCAGGGACAACAUUUGCCAGAGUAACCUACAGCUACAGUACAAGUUCUGCUCCAGGGAAACACAAAAUAAUCAAGAUGUUUUUAAAUCACUCGCCAGAGAGGAUGGCGUUGCAGUCAUCACUCCCUCUGCUGAAGACAUGGCUUUGGAGAUCACUGUGACGAACAGAAACGGGGACGACGCACACCAGAGUCACUCAGUCAUCAGCCUCCCGGAGACUCUUCAUUACUCCUCUAUAGUCUACAGCACGGCAUCAGAAACACAAGUGACUUGUACAGCCAAUGGCAAAGGAACAAAAAUUAAUUGUGAACUGGGAAAUCCACUGCGAAGAGAUGCUGAAGUCACUUUUUAUGUCCUACUCACAACAUCUGGCAUCUCACUGAGUACAAAAGACGUCAACGUCACCCUGCAACUUCAAACGACGAGUGUGCAGUCUAUACAACCAGUCGAGGCAAUAGCCAAAGUGGUUUUUGAGCUGGAGCUGCAAGUAUAUGGACUAGCCAGGCCUUCUCAAGUGUCACUCGGUGAGAACUUCAGCGGUGAAAGCGCCGUAAAAUCAGUGGAUGAAAUUGGAACGCCGGUUCAAUAUGAAUUUAGGAUAACAAAUUUGGGCAGACCACUGAAAUCUUUCGCCAAUGCAUCAUUAAACAUCUCCUGGCCAAAGGAGAACUCUGUGGGAAAAUGGCUUCUGUACUUGACUCAGAUCAGCAGUAGAGGUGUACAGUCUGUCCCCUGCUCACCUGAGAACGAGGUCAAUCCACUUAAACAUGUAAAGGGGUGGCAUGACCCCUCGAGGAAAAGACGUGACACUGAACAUGAAGCUUUCUCUACUGACGGAUUCCGAUUUCUUCCAAAAAAAAGGAAAUACAAAACCCUGACCUGCUCCGAUGGACUGACGUGUGUGCAGAUAAGCUGUCCUCUGCGGGGUUUGGACAGUAAUGCAGUGAUUGUUCUGCAUUCACGUCUCUGGAACACCACAUUUACAGAGGAUUACAGCUAUUUGAACUACCUGGACAUUGUAGUGGAUGCUACUCUCAGUUUAACAAACUCUCCAGAGAAUAUUGAACUUAAAUCGGAGAAGCCUGGGACAAAGGUAAAACUUACAGUGUUCCUCGAGAGAAAGAAUGAAUAUUUCACCAAAGUCGCCUGGUGGAUAAUCCUUCUGACGGUCAUCUCGUUGCUCCUGUUGUUGGCAGUUCUUGGCUUCUUGUUGUGGAAGCGUGGAUGCAUCAACUGCCUCGCUCACAACAAGAAGCCCUCACAUGAUGAAGAUGCAAAGACAGAGACCGCUCCCCUUAAAGGCUAGAAGGAGCAUCAGUUGUACGGGACACAUGCCAUGAACACAAGAUGAUAAGGUUUCUCUCCGGCUCAGAUAUCAUCUACUACGUGAACU